UGAGAUUGCUCACGAGCGAUGUAUCGUUUCAAACCACUGCAGGCGAAUCAAACCUCCGCAGCUUUGUACCGUGGAACAAAAUGUGAGAGUCCACCACAGUAUGAAGACAUGGAUGCCAGCAAUCGCACCAAGUGAAAGAAAGAGGGAUACAUGGAUUGGAGAACACACGCAGGUUAAAAAAAACACGUAGAUUCAAGGGCAGUUGCAGGUCACAAGAAGGGGAUGAUGGCCGGUGGUCAAGGCUAACUUGGGAGUGGCAGCCCAAGGAGGGAUUGUAGCCCCGAGGACCGCGGCGGUGGCUCGAUGACAUCAGCUCCUGCGUAGGAGUGAGACCGUGGGAUCGCAGGCCCCCAGGAGGGACGGUGGCAACGUGGGGAGACCUUCAUCCAGAUGUGGAUAGAUGUCUGAUAGUGCUUGCAAACACGAAAGGGGGGGGGGGGGCUAUCGGAGGAAGCAGCUGUCGCUGUCCCAAGGCCAACGCGACCCCCCCGCCCACCACCACCUCGGAGCGAAUAAAACCAGCGACACCCCCGGGUGCACCAAGCCCCGACUCGCUCCGGACAGCAGCAGAGAUGUGGGCCGCGGUUCUCCUGGGAGGCCUCUGUGUGGCGACUGUCGUCACAGCGAGUCAGGUGUGCUACGACCUGGGCUGCUUCACGGACGACUUCCCCUACUCGGGCUACAGAGAGAGGCCCAUCAAGCAGCUCCCCGAUAGCCCCGAAAAGAUCAACACUCGCUUCCUCCUCUUCACCAGAGCCAACCCCGACACCUGGCAGGAACUGAAAUCCCGCGAUCCGUCCACCAUCGGCGCCUCCAACUUCGUCAGCGGCAAGAGGACGGCGUUCGUGGUGCACGGGUUCAUCGACCAUGGCGAGGAGGAUUGGGUGCAGGACAUGUGCAAGGCCAUCGUGGGGGUGGACGACGUGAACUGCGUGGCCGUGGACUGGAAGGGCGGCUCGCGCACCCUCUACACCAAGGCGGCCAACAACAUCCGCGUGGUCGGAGCCGAGAUAGCCAAGCUCGUCAACACCAUGGAGGCUCAGUACGGGGCGCGCCAGGAGGACGUGCACAUCAUCGGACACAGCCUGGGGGCGCACACGGCCGCCGAGGCCGGCCAGCGCCUGCCCCGGCUCGGGAGAAUCACCGGUCUCGACCCGGCCGAGCCGUACUUCCAGAACUGCGACGUCGCCGUCCGCCUCGACCCCUCCGACGCCGCCUUCGUGGACGCCAUCCACACGGACGCCGCUCCGAUGAUCCCCAACAUCGGGUUGGGCAUGAAGCAGCCGGUUGGGCAUCUGGAUUUUUAUCCCAACGGAGGAGAGGAGAUGCCCGGCUGUGACAAGAACAUCAUCUCCACCAUCAUCGACAUCAACGGCAUCUGGGAAGGAACCAGAAACUUUGUGGCGUGCAACCACCUCCGUGCCUACAAGUACUUCACGGAGUCGCUCACCAACGAGGAAGGCUUCGUCGGAUUCCCCUGCAGCGACUACGACGCCUUCAAAAAUGGGCAGUGCUCCACGUGCCCAAGCGGAGGAUGCCCCCGCAUGGGUUACUUCGCAUCCAAAAGCUCCGUGGCCGCCGGGACCAUAAACAACAUCUACUACCUCAACACCGGAGCGGAGCAGAACUUCUCCCGCUGGCGCUACGAGGCGACUCUGACGCUGUCUGGCACCAAAUCGGUCAGAGGGAUCUUUAAGAUCGCUCUGUACGGGCCCAACGGGAACACUCACCAGCACCAGCUGACACCAUCGGCGACGUCGCUGGAGCCCGGCAAGACGUACACGUACCCCCUGGACAGCGAGGCCAUGGUGGGCGAGGUCACCAAGGUGAAGUUCCUGUGGGAUGACAACGUCAUCCACCUCGUCCGCCCCAAGCUGGGGGUGACCCGCCUCGAGCUCAAGUCGCCGUUCGAUCAACAAACGUACAAUUUCUGCGCGAGCUCAAACGAGGUGGUGUACAAAGAGGUGCUGCUGACGAUCAACCCCUGCUAGAGACGAUCGCCACGGACUCCCCACCACCACCACCAUCAUCGAGAGAGAGAGAGUCCCCGACUGCCAUUCACCGCAGCUGGACAGCAGUCCAUUUGCAAUGUAAAUCUGUAAUAAAGUGCUUUAAAUGAUAAAUAAAAGCACACGCACGUCGCAACGUCUGUCAAAAGUAAUUUAUCCCGAGGCGAAACCUUUGGACCCAUGAACCAAGUGGGCAACCGUUGCUGGCAACUCGUCAGCAGCGGCAACUCGUAUCCCGCACCAAUCGUGGUGGCCAACACGUUAC